AUGGAGGCCGAUAUUGCCAAAGUCAAAGCCAACAACUCGAUCGUGUCGGCGUACGAAGCUGUUGUGAGCGGAUCUCUCAGCUGGUUUUCGCUAGCAUACGAGAGCGACCUGUCGACUGAUUUGUGCAUUGGCUCGUACGGAGUCGAGGGCAUCGAGGAACUCAAGCACACCCUUGCCGCCGGACAGCUGCCAGUUUGCAUACGCAAGUGUCGAUGGACAGGUCAUGUUCAUCAUCUGGGUACCGACCGAGCACCAUCGAACACCAUCGAACACCAUCGAGCACCAUCGAGCACCAUCGAUGCUUCAGCUAGUGUCCUUGCCCACCAGUAUUAUAUUGGCCACGGUCCCAUCAAGGACUCACUCUCUCGAUACUUUGUGCAGGCCACAAUGAUCCGUCGCGGACAAGCGAUGGUCACCGCAAGCAUCCUGGGACAGGUCUUCCCCAAGCCCGACAUUCAGCUCACGGCCACAGCCAAGGUCGAGAUCACCCAGUUCCAGCGCAACGAAAUCGGAUUCCGGGUCCGCCUCUCGCCGUCGCGUGAUAUGAUGGCCGAAGGGAGCGGUGCCUCCGUCAUGAUCAGUGCUACUUCUUCUUCUCCGGCAUCCGUCACGGACUGUUCUGCUCCACUGACCCGGCGCUCGUCAUCGUACAAUCCUUCGAGGUCGUCGGUGACGACGCAGCAGCGCAUCAAAGAGGCCCAGAAGCGUAUGCAGGACGAUCAGAACGAGGUCGUCCGCAGCAAGAGUCGGCAGGAGCGAAUGAUGAUGGAGCAACGCCGCAUGGAGGAGUGUCGGAUGUAUCAGAAGCUGAUCCGGUCGCUCGAGGCGCAGGAGCGGGCCGAAAUCGACGAGCUCAAAGCCAAUUUUUGCCGCAGUAGUCAAAACAUGGUUGCCGUCCCCUGGGAUCGAGGAUCCCGCAGCGACGAUGCCAAGCGACUAACUCCAGUCCCAUAUGACGAGCAGAAGCCGGAGCUGAGUUGCUGGAUCCACCAUCAGGCCCCCUGGCAGGACGAUCUGGAGGAGACGAUGGGCUGUUGGCGCUCAAAUGGCGCCUGCUUGAUAAGGCGGUCUGCACGAGGUGUCUUUGAUACAUCCGCUGCUCCCCCGGUGGCCCAGAUCGACCUCACUUCGGCCAAGAUCAGCAUAGCGACACCCGACACGGCCAUACCCGAGAGCAUCAAGGUGAUCACGGACCCCGGGACGGCGCGCAGCCAGGAACACUACUUUUACUUUGAAUCGCAGAAGGACAAAGUCAACGCCAUUGCUAUAUUUGAGAUCUUUGCAAAUGGACAGUGA